AUGAAAACCCAAGCAAACAAGAAUGACAUAGAGGAAACCGGAAAAGAUGGCAAUAAAAUGGAUACAGAUGAGUCUGGAGGUGAAGAAAGUUGGAAAGAUGAGGAUGUGGGAGCCGAGGAAGAUGAAGCUGAGGACGUGUCUGACCAAGAUAGCCCAACUCAUAGUGCUAUCCUAGGCAAUGUCAACAGCCAACCUAUGGUGGAGAAGGAUGAUAAGGUUAAUGAGGAAAAAGAAAUGAAUUUUGAGAGGGAGAAGAAUAAGGAAACUGAGAAGGAAACGGCUAAGGAUAGUCUGAGUAAAGAAAAGGAGGGUGUUGGAGAAGGGUUGUUCCUGGAUAACCUCAAAAACCUUACCAAGGCUAGAUUAGGUUUUGACAAGUGGACAUAUGAAUUUUUGAAGAAUAUGGAAAAAAAUGGUAAGAAGAUGGAGGAGAAAAGGAAGGAAGAUGAUAGGAACCAUAAACAAUGGAAGCAGGACAUGGAGGAAAAAGCUAAGAAGAUGGAAGCUCAAAUUGACAAUCUAGAAGAAGGUAAAGCGGCAAUGAAAAACCUGUUGGGAAUGUUUCUGAACAUCUUGACUGCUGUUACAAAGAACCUAGAGGAAAUUUCCAAGGUCCUUGAAAGCUCCAGCUCUCCCAAACUAGUGGUGGACCUCUACAUUGAUGAAGAUGCUAUCAAGACUGGGAUCGGGGAUUCUACUCCCGGUGGAGCGGCAAAGAGAACUAGGUGGAUUGUGGGGCUAGAAGUUAUAGAUGCAGGGCCGAUAGAAGCUUAUGAUAGAUGGUUCAUAGAGCACAGGCUAGUGCCUUUGACAGAUCUAGAUGCUCCAGUUCUAAGAAUGUCAUUACGACACAGACAAGAGGAGGCAGAGAUGGAGGAGGUCGAGGGGGAUGAGGAUGAGAAGAUGAAUGAGGUUGAGGAGAUAGAUUCAGGUGAGGAGGACGGGGAUAUUGAGUCAAAUGAUAAGGAUGGAGAGACAGAGUCAGACAAUGAGGAUGGGACUGAGGAUCAAGAAGCCAUAUCGAUGGAUCAGAUGGAUGACAUACAGGAUCCACUAGAUGAGCCUAUGCAAGAUAUAACAAUAGGAGCACAUUCCAGAUGA